UUACUAUGCUAUAAUGAGCAGUUAAUAAUUUACAGGACACUGAACGGCGCGUGGCCAUCUCAGAUUCUCAGAUUGUCACGAAUCAUGAUCCAUGAAUCCAUGAAUGACAUCUCCAAAUUCAGAACGUAGUAACUCAUGUUCUGAUGAAGAUUUUCUGCCGUUUGAGUGCAAUGGCUGUGGAAUGUUUUUUUGUAAACACCACAGGUCUCCACACAUUCACUGCUGCAUGCAGACCUCAAGUGAUGUUGAAGAAAAGCCCCAAUCUGUGUGUGAAACAAAGACUUAUAUCUGUUGCCAUAAGGACUGUAGCAUCCAUGAGCUAGUUGAAGUGCGGUGUCCUUAUUGUGAGAAAAACUUUUGUUUAAAGCACAGGCACCAGCAAGCCCAUACAUGUGAGAAGCUAGAAACCAUAGAGAAAAUGACAAAGACAGCUGAGCUUGUGAAACAGAUCCAGGAAAACCAGGCUCACAAAAUUCCACUGAAGGUGAAAGGAGCAAAGUCAAAAAAACUAUCUUCUAAGGUGACCCUUAUGAAGUUGAAGCAAAGGGCAACUGGUGAUAAUGGUCUCACUCAUUCCGAGCGCAUCUAUCUGAAUGUGGUUCUUCCGCGGGAUGGGAAAGAGAUGAGCAGUGCACUCUUCUUCUCCAUAGAGUGGAGUGUUGGCAAGGCACUGGACUACGUUGCUGCUGCAGUAAAGCUCGCCAACUACAACAACACAAACACAGAGAAGAAACUGCAGAUGUAUUCUGGUGAGAACGGAAUCGUUUUGCCGUUGGCAUUGACCCUCCGGCAGGUGGGAGAGAGAAAGCAAGAGUUUCAGUUGUGCAGUGGAAGUACUGUGAUUCUAGAAUACACUGCAAAAGAUUGCGCUCUUCUAGAACACUGGGAAGAAUAUGUAAAUGGAAGAGUGUAAACAGAAGCCAGCCUUCAUGAGAACGAGGACGAGUAUGACCAGCAGCAGGAGGCCGGCCAAUACGGAGACGAUGAUGAUCCAGACGGCAACG